AUGUUAUUUCCAUCAGAAGUUGAACAACAUCUAUUGGAUGGUUCAAAUAAUAGAACUGCAGAAUUACUAUUAAGAGAAACUGCUAGAUUCGAUCGAUUGCACAAUAUUAAUGAUAAUAAUACAAAUUAUUAUGAUCCAGAUUAUAGAUCAUCUCCAGAUUUACAACUAAAUUUAACAAAUUAUAUCACUACGGCUAUAAUGCAAUUAAAUUUUGAAACGGCAAUCUUUUACUCAGAAUUAUAUUAUACAGAAUGUUUAGGUCUUCCAAUAUCAUCUAUAAAUAGAUUACAAUCUGUCUAUCUUUAUUCAUUAGCAUUAUUCAUGGGUCAACAAUAUGAGAUUGCAGCAGAAGUCUCUGAAAGAUAUAAGAGUACACAUAUUGCUAUCGCUUAUCUUUUUGCACGUUGUUGCUUGAAACUUGGUAAAAAUGAAGAAAAUGCAUGUUUGUAUCUAGUUAUACAUUUAGAUUCAUUUAUUAAAAAUGAAAGUAAAGAUAAAGAUAUUUUCAUCUUUAUGCCAAAUUUAGCAACUAUACAUUCAUUGAUUGGAGAAUUAUAUCGUCGUACAGAUAAUAUAAAAUCGAGUGUUAAUCAUUAUUUGGAGGCAAUUAAGAAAGAUCCGUAUUUAUGGCAAGCUUUAGUAGCCUUAAAUAAUAUGAAAGCAAUGAUUGAUUUAAAGAAAUUAUUUAAUAUGCAUUCCGAUCCAUAUACAAGUUCUGUAUCAGCAACAGUUGACCCUUUUGUAGAAAAGAGAUCAGGUCCAUUAAGAACAGAUAUGGUUAAACAAGUGAAUAAUGGAGUUAUUACUACUAAUGCUACUAAUGCAACUAAUGCUACUGUGGUUGCAAGUAAUAGUAAUGUUAAACAUUCAAAUGAAGAUAAGACUAGAGGUUAUGAUACUAGAUCAUUAUUGUAUAGUACAUUGUCUCCAUUUAGAUCUAAUAGUAAUAAGUCUAAGACUAAUAAAGAUAAUAUAAUUGAUUCGUCGUCGUCGUCGUCGUCGUCACAUGAUGUUAAUUCUAAUUCUCUGAGGAAAACGAGUUAUUCUAUGAAUCGUCAACCUAUCUUAUCAAUGCAUCAUCAGCAACAAGUAAACCCUUUGUUCUCUGCUAAUGGUUCUAUAACACCUCAGCAUCAACAGCAAGUAUAUACAAGAUCAACAAGAAGAAACGGAGAUGUCAUAAAUAAUAACAAUGGUACAUUAGAACCACGUACAAUGAUAUCGACCAAUAGGAACAAUCACAAUAAUGAUGAUGGUAUCAGUCUAGGAACAAUUCCGUCUAUAAUUAAAAACAAAAUCUUGACUACACCUCCUGCUAAAUUGGGUAACGAAACACAAAGGACAACGUUUAAGACACCUAGAAACAAGACAGGGUUUAGUUCUCAAGGUAUUGCUACGACUGCAAAGAGGGUGUUAUCGGGACAAGCUAUGGGUAGUAGCAAUACUAUAAAUUUUAAUGUUUCUAAUGUAGGGAACACAAAUAAUAAAGGGAAAUAUGGAGACGAAUCCGACGUCAUCAUAGAAUGUAAAGAAUUUAAAGCUUUAAUUUAUACUUUGGCUAAAGUAUUAAAGGCAUCAUCUCAAUAUAAUUCUUACAACGCUAUUAGAGUGAUGAAUUCCCAAUUACCUUCGCACAUUUUAAAUAAUAUGCCUUGGUGUCAGGCCCGAUUGGGGAGAUUGCAUUUCGAAAUUGUCAAUUAUGACAUGUCAUUAACAUAUUUCACUAAUUUAAGACGUCUUCAAAAUACAAGAUUAAAGGAUUUAGAAAUAUUUUCAACUUUAUUGUGGCAUUUAGAUGAUAAAGUGAACUUAUCUAAUUUAUCAUCUGAACUUUUAGAUGCUUAUCCAAAUUCGCCUCAGACUUGGUGUAUAUUGGGUAAUUAUUUUUCCCUUCAAAAGGAUCAUGACCAAGCAAUUAAAGCAUUGGAAAAAGCAACACAAUUGGAUCCCUCCUUUGCAUACGCAUAUACACUAUUAGGUCAUGAGCAUGCUAAUAAUGAACUUUUUGAUGUUGCAAAAACGUUCUAUAGGAAAGCGUUAGCUUGUGAUCCUCAACAUUAUAAUGCUUAUUAUGGACUAGGAAGUUGUGCGUCACAGUUAGGUAAAUUCGAAGAAGCUUUGCUGUAUUUUGAAAAAGCAAGGAUGAUUAAUCCUGUGAAUGUUGUAUUGAUAUGUUGUUGUGGUACAGAAUUAGAAAAAUUAUUUCAUAAUGAGAUGGCCUUAAAAUAUUAUGAAAUUGCAUGUAAAUUAGAUCCGAGAUCGGUCUUGGCCAAGUAUAGACGUGCAGAAUUAUUAUUUUCAAUGAAUAGAUACAGUGUAGCAUUAGGUCAAUUCGAAGAUUUAAUUAGAUUAGAUUCAGAAAACCCAAAUUUACACUUUAUGUUAGGUAAAAUUUUACAAGCAUUGGGAAGGAAAAAAGAUGCUAUUAAGGAGUAUACAAUUGCGCUUCAUUUGGACCCUAAGGGAAACCAAUUCGUGAUAGAAGCUCUCGAGAGUUGUCAUAUGCAGGAAUAA